AUGGAUGAAGUAGUUAUGGAUGCACCAGUAAAGAAGGAAUGCAGCAUUUUCAUGGCUCCUUCCUCUCUCAAGGGUCUACAAGGCUAUGGAAUCUUUACUACCAGAGAUAUUGACGAGCUGGAAUCCAUUUUACAGGCUCCGGAUGGACCUUCCAUUGUCGUCACGGACUUUAGAACACAACAAAAUAAGAAUGAAAGUAAGGAAAUGGUAGACUUUCGAAGGCAUUGGACGCACAUGUGGGAUCACUACUGGUGGGGUCGAGGAGUGGGAGACCAUGCGAGUUAUGAAGCAGAGUACAUGAUUGACUUUCAACCCACUUUUGGAGCCUUGCCCAAUCAUCACUGCCUGUGGAACACAAUCACUUUUGCCUUUCCAAAAGUACCUUAUCUGGAUCACCUGACAAAUUCUUCCUCGGUGGGAGCUGGAGCCUUUUCCUACCAUGCAGGCAGAGACUUUCGUGUCAAGAAACCCUUACCGGCUGGAUCGGAAAUAUUCUUGAAUUAUGGACAUUGCGAUCGAACGGAUGUGGAUCACAGCACUCCUCAAUGGACCAAAUACUCCAAAAUGAAACAAGACUAUCUACAAGCUGCCAAGUUGGUCAUGGCCCUUUGGAAUGCACUCUUCUACUAUGAACCCACUGGAACAGUCAGAGAGGAAUACCACACAUCUUUCUUGCAACACCAACAACAACAUCAACGAUCUACAAAUAAUAAUAACAACAACUAUGUGGGACGCAACAUGAUGGACUUGCCCUUGGUCGAAGGUAUUCUGUACGUUUCAGGGAUUCUCAAAGAGGAAGAGUCGCAUCCCGUACGAUCUCUCAUCCCCUCCUCUACCGGUGAACUCUUUCGAGUCAUGGAACCCUUUCUCCAGAACAACGAAAAUAAUGACUUGGACGAAGGCACGGAUCGCUUCCGAAGCAUUCCAAAUGUCAAACCAAUGGCAUUGGCGGAACAACUCGAACGGAUUCUAGGGACCAAUCCUCGAACACCGGAAUGGAUUCAACAACAUGGCAUGUGCUUGGAAAACCUUAUUCCCAAACCCAGUACUCUCCCUCAAGCCGGACAGGGAGGAUUUGCACAACAUUCCAUCGCCAAGGGAGAGAUUGUAGUCCCAGCUCCCACCUUGCACAUUCUACACAAGGGAGUCUUGGCCAUGACCAACCACCACGACAAUCACCAACAACAGCAACAACAACUCUUGCUCAACUACUGCUGGGGCAAUACACAAACCACGCUUCUAGUCUGUCCCAUUACCAAUGCUCAACUCAUCAACCAUUGCAGUGAUCGACCAGGAUUUCCUUGUCCCAAACUGAACAAGGGUAGCGGCAACGACACUUCUACGAGUACUAGUACUGGUCCCAAUGCCAGAAUCGAGUGGGCCGACUCCAGUUGGGAUCCCUCCACCAGAGAAUGGCUCAACAUGACCAUUCCACAAAUGAUGCAACAGCCACUCUAUCAGCGAGGACUGUCACUCCAGGUUGUUGCCACGAGAGACAUAUUGCCGGGCGAGGAAGUGUUUGUAGACUAUGGACAAGAUUGGGAACAUGCAUGGAUUCGACAUGUCAUUGAUUGGAGCCACAAUGACGAUGACAGUGGUGGCAGAACCAAGCAGCAGAGACGAUCCGUGGCACAACUCAAUCAAGCCAUUGAAAAGGGACAGCCCCUGGACUACUUGGUUGCCAAUGAUCUCUGGGCGACCGAUGACGCCGGUCAAGAUGACUACCUCAUGACGGUCUGCAUGUACGAGACGUCCGAGCAAGAUGAAGAUGAUGCCUACCAGAUCAAAGUCGACGGCAACUGGAGGCGGGUGUAUGCCGACGAGGACGAAUUGCUGGAAGCCUUUGCCGAUUCCGGAGAAGACUACGUCUACAGCGGUGGCUAUUCUCAGCACGACGAAGGUAUCUACUGGCCCUGCACAGUCUUGCGUCGAGAAGAAGACAAUGACGACAGCGUUACAUACACGGUCCGGAUUCAUGCAUCUCCAAUCGACGACGAUGACAAGUCACUGGCGUGGCACGAAAACAACCUACCUCGCAUGCUGACGAGCUAUCCAUUGGCAUCCAUCCGGUACUUUCCUCGAAUGUAUCACAGUGACCAACAUUUGGUUCAUGCCUUUCGCCAUCCCAUGGGUUUGCCCGACAACAUGAUUCCGGAUCGAUGGAAAACGCUGGACGCAUGA